GCCUCACACGUGGGUAUCUGAGGUCCAUCCUGUCAGUCUUGGGACUUCACAGCCGGAACAUUUUACCAGCCGCAUCCGAGGACAGAGGUCAAACUUGGACACACGGGUCAUGGCUGUGGUGAGGUUUUACAGCAGUGAGGCUGUGAGGGGGCGGGCCUUACAGAGGGCAGCCCAGCUCUACCCCCAGCUGUCAAUCACCAGUGAGCUGUGCUACAAUGUGGAGGUCACAGGUUGUGAGUGUCUCAGUGCAGAGGAGAGGGAGGUUCUCCUCUGGUUGUUCAGUCCUCUUCUGCAGGCAGAGCCGCUGUCUGACAAACCACACCUAACGGAGGGCAAGGACGAGAAGCUGGUGGAGAUCGGACCCAGGCUGAACUUCUCCACUGCCUGGUCCACUAACGCCGUGUCCAUCUGCCAGAGCGCCGGCCUCAGCAAUGUCACACGAGUGGAGCUGUCUCGCCGGCUUCUGAUCAAGCCCAAGAACGGGCAGAGUGUGACCGAACUCAGCGGAGAUAUAAAGCAGCUGAUCGAGUGUCUGCAUGAUAAUAUGACAGAGUGCAUCUAUCCGCAUCCCAUCAGCUCGUUCGCCGUGGAAACCAAACCGCAGGAGGUCUUUGAGGUAGACAUCCUGGGGAAAGGGCGAGCUGCCUUGGAGAAGGCAAAUGAUGAUCUGGGCCUGGCCUUUGACUCGUGGGAUCUGGACUACUAUACAUCGAUGUUCCAGAGGAUCAAAAGAAACCCCACAAGUGUGGAGUGUUUCGACUUGGCCCAGUCCAACAGUGAACACAGCCGCCAUUGGUUCUUCCGGGGGCGAACGGUGAUUGACGGACAGGAGCAGAAAGAGACUCUGUUCAGCCUCAUUAUGGACACCCAGAAGCACACCAAUCAAAACAAUGUCAUCAAGUUCUGCGACAACAGCAGUGGUAUUAAGGGGAUGGAGCUGGAGUGUGUUUAUCCAAAAGAGCCUGCCCAAGCCAGCCCUUACGAGACAAGGCGCUCGCUAAGACAUGUCAUCUUCACCGCGGAGACACACAACUUCCCUACAGGUGUAGCCCCGUUCAGUGGUGCCACCACAGGGACAGGAGGUCGCAUCAGGGACGUCCAGAGUGCCGGGCGGGGAGGUCACGUCAUCGCCGGCACCGCAGGCUACUGCUUCGGCAACUUGCACAUACCAGGUUACAGUCUGCCGUGGGAGUGUGAUGCAGAGAAGUGGGAGUACCCCUCCAGCUUCGCCCCUCCACUCCAAGUGGCCAUCGAGGCCAGCGACGGAGCCUCAGACUACGGCAACAAGUUUGGGGAGCCUGUUCUGUCAGGUUUUGCCCGUUCUUUUGGCAUGCGGCUGGCUAACGGUGAGAGGCGAGAGUGGAUUAAGCCGAUCAUGUUCAGCGGUGGGCUCGGUUCAAUUGAAGAUGCUCAUGUGAAGAAGGAAGAGGCAGAGCCGGGAAUGGAAGUGGUGAAGAUCGGAGGGCCAGUAUACAGGAUCGGUGUGGGAGGAGGAGCAGCCUCUUCUGUACAAGUGCAGGGGGACAACUCCAGUGCCAGGGAUCUGGGUGCAGUGCAGAGAGGAGACGCUGAGAUGGAGCAGAAGAUGAAUCGGGCUCUCAGGGCCUGCCUGGAAAGAAGCGGCAAAAACCCCAUCUGCAGUAUUCAUGAUCAGGGAGCAGGAGGAAAUGGAAAUGUGCUUAAGGAGCUGAGUGAGCCGGCGGGCGCUGUCAUCCACUGUAGUCGAUUCAAGAAAGGUGACCCCACACUGAGUGUGUUGGAACUGUGGGGGGCCGAGUAUCAGGAGAGCAACGCCCUGCUGCUCCGCCCGUCAGAUCGAUCCUUCCUGGAGAGGGUGUGUCAGAGGGAGAAGUGUCCCGUCGACUUUGUAGGAAACAUCACUGGAGAUGGAAAGAUUGUGCUGGUGGAUGAUGAAGGAGGCAGCAGAGAUCAGGCCAGCGGGGGGCGCUGUCCUGUUGACCUGCAGCUGGAGUGGGUUUUGGGGAAGAUGCCCCAGAAGGACUUUGUUAUGGAGUGCCUGGUCCCGGUCCUGCAGCCCCUGGCUCUGCCCACCGGGCUGACAGUCACAGAUGCACUGGACAGAGUUUUACGAUUGCCUGCUGUGGCAUCCAAACGCUACCUGACCAACAAGGUGGACCGGUCUGUCACUGGUCUGGUUGCCCAGCAACAGUGUGUCGGCCCUCUUCACACCCCAUUGGCCGACGUGGCUGUGGUCGCUCUGUCACCGUUCAGCCUAGAGGGGGCAGCGACUGCUAUCGGAGAACAGCCAAUCAAAGGCCUGGUCUCCCCCGGGGCGGGGGCUCGCAUGGCUGUGGGAGAAGCUCUGACCAAUCUGGUGUUUGCCAAAGUCACAGCCUUGCGGGAUGUGAAGUGCAGCGGUAACUGGAUGUGGGCUGCCAAGCUGCCUGGUGAGGGGGCGAGUCUGUGGGAGGCAUGCAGAGCCAUGUGUGAGGUCAUGGCUCAUCUGGGAGUGGCUGUCGAUGGGGGCAAGGACUCUCUAAGUAUGGCUGCUAGAGUGGGGAAAGAGACUGUCAAAGCCCCAGGUGCUCUGGUCAUCUCAGUGUACGCUGUGUGUCCUGACAUCACAGCCACAGUCACCCCUGAUCUUGAGGAUCCGGAUGGCAAAGGCGUGUUGUUGUGGGUUCCAGUGAGUCCAGGCCACCAUCGUCUGGGAGGUUCAGCCCUGGCUCAGUGCUACGGCCAGCUGGGAGACCGCCCUGCUGACCUGGACCAGCCAGAGCUAUUGACUGCCUGCUUCAACACCACUCAGACACUCAUAGAAGAUCGUCUGCUGAGCGCAGGACAUGAUAUCAGUGACGGUGGUCUCAUCACAUGUUUGCUGGAGAUGGCGUUCGCGGGAAAUCGCGGCAUCGAUGUUGAGCUGACAUCACAAGGAGCUGGAGUCAUGGAGCUGUUGUUCAGUGAGGAGCUGGGUUUGGUCCUGGAGGUGUCGCAGCCCGAUGUAGAGACGGUGUGCCAGCGAUACAGCGACGCCGGCCUGCAGUGCCAUCGUAUCGGCAGAACCUGUGGCUUCGGACCAGAGGCUGUGGUCAGCGUCCGUGUGGAUGGACAGCAAGUGCUGAGUGAGCGGCUGCCCAACCUCAGAGCAUUAUGGGAAGGCACCAGUUUUCAGCUGGAGCGCCUCCAGGCCAAUGAGCUGUGUGUUAGACAGGAAGAGGAAGGGCUAGCCAGGAGGACGCAGCCCUACUUCAAACUGACCUUUGACCCCUCAGAGAUGCCCAGAAACAACCAGCUCACUGCUGGGCAACCGCGUGUAGCUGUGGUCAGAGAAGAGGGCAGCAACGGAGACCGAGAGAUGGCUGUGUCUUUGUUUAUGGCUGGCUUUGAGGUGUGGGAUGUGACCAUGCAGGACCUGUGUUCUGGCUCCCUGACCCUGGAGCCUUUCAAAGCAGUGGUGUUUGUAGGUGGAUUCAGCUAUGCAGAUGUCCUGGGAUCAGCCAAAGGUUGGGCAGCUACUGUUGCGUACAACCCCCAGGCUAAGGCAGAGUUCGAACGCUUCAGCCGUCGUGAUGACACACUGAGUCUGGGUGUAUGCAACGGCUGCCAGCUGCUGGCCCUGCUGGGCUGGGUGGGAGAGGGUGAAGAUGGAGCAGAGUCCGACGUUGUCCUGACCCACAACCAGUCUGGGAGGUUUGAGUCUCGGUUCGUCAGUGUAGGGAUCCAGGCUUCCCCGUCCAUCUGGCUUAAAGGCAUGGAAGGCUCAGCUCUGGGAGUGUGGGUCGCUCACGGAGAAGGUCUGAUGCAAUUCCGUACCCCCCAGGCCCAGGACCGGGUCAUUUCUGGCGGCCUGGCCCCUCUCCGCUACCUGGAUGACCAGGGUCAGCCCACAGAGGAGUACCCUCUGAACCCUAACGGCUCCCCUCAGGGUCUAGCGGGGCUCUGCUCCAGGGACGGGAGACACCUGGCCAUGAUGCCCCACCCGGAGCGCUGCACCCUGGGUUGGCAGUGGCCCUGGGCCCCACGCGAACUCCGUCCCUCUCUCACGCCUUCACCCUGGCUAAAAAUGUUCAGGAACGCAGCUGCCUGGUGCAGCAGCACUGAGUGAUGCUCUGCUUACAUGCUGGUACUGUCACACUGUUGUAGUUUUGCCUUGACAGGGUUGCCUGUCCGCUGCACGCAUCUGCUGACACUGAAAGUCAGAUUUAAAUUGACAAUCUGGAAGUCACUGAUAUGUCUGCUCUAAUAACUGUUUUCAAGGCAUGCUACUUCUAUUUAACCUCACUGCUGUCAUUGCUGUUACUUUGUAAUAGAACUUAGAGACUUACUUGUCAAAGAUGUUAGACUUACUUGUUGACUUACAUUCCAACAUUUUUUUUUUACUAAUCAGGCCAGCCACCAAAAGUGCUUUUCUCUAACAUAGCACAACCUGAUGGAUUGUGUAACAUUUAAUAAAUAAUGAUUUUUUGUGUUCAACCGCUGAACUCUGCUGAGAGCUGAAUUUACCCUUUAAUAAACUAUUUCUAUAACAUGA